CCUCCAUAUCAGAAAUGUUAUAAAAAAAGCAAAGAGUUUGAUAAUUAAGAAGAAAAAAAGAAGGCACGUUAUUAUGGAAAGGAAUUGCAAGGUGUGUGUCACCGGUGGUGCUGGUUAUAUUGGCUCCCUCCUAGUCAAAAAGCUUUUAGCAAAGGGCUACACCGUUCAUGCUACUCUUAGAAGCUUGAAGGACGAGAGGAAAGUAGGACUUCUAAGAGGGUUCCCUUAUGCAAAUACUAGACUUGUGUUAUUUGAAGCUGACAUAUACAAACCAGAUGAGUUUGGGGUUGCAAUUGAAGGUUGUGAGUUUGUAUUUCACAUUGCUACUCCCUUUCAACAUCAAAUUCAUUCACAGUUUAAGAGUGUAGGUGAAGCCGCAAUAGAAGGGGUAAAAAGCAUUGUUAGGAAUUGUAUAAAAUCAGGAACAGUGAAGCGUUUGAUUUACACAGGCAGCGUGGUUGCUUCUUCUCCGGUGAAGGAAGAUGGAAGUGGUUACAAAGACUUCCUUGAUGAAACUUGUUGGACGCCUCUUCAUUCUUCUCUCCCCUCUCUCCAUCUGGAUUAUGUUGAUUCAAAGACAUUGGCUGAGAGAGAAUUAUUAAUGACUUAUGGUAAAGAUGAAAAUGGAAGUGGUGGAGUUGAGGUGGUAAGUCUAGCUUGUGGCCUAGUGGGAGGGGAGGGUCUUCUCAAUUACAUAUCCUCAAGUGUUGCAGUGAUUAUCUCUCCGCUUAAAGACAAUGAAACCGCAUAUCAAUCUUUGAAGUUCUUAGAAGAUUUAUGUGGAAAAAUUCCACUAGUCCACAUUGAUGAUGUUUGUGAAGCACAUAUCUUUUGUGCCGAGGUUCCAUCUAUCAAUGGAAGAUUCUUGGUUGCUAACUCAUAUGUAUCAUCAGCUGAAAUAGCAAAGUAUUAUUUUCAAAACUAUCCACAAUUUAAUUUGAAGGAGAAGUAUUUGGAAGGCUCAAACAGGCCAAUCAAAUGGGCCUCAACAAAGCUUACAGAUAAAGGAUUUGCUUACAAGUAUGAUUUCAAGAUGAUAUUGGAUGAUAGUAUCAAAUCCGCAAGAAGAACAAGCGACCUUAGUCUCUAAUAAUAUAUAUAUACACAUUACGAUAUAUUAAGUUAUUAUAUGGACUUAUGAUCAAAAUAGAUCACAUAUAGUUUAUUUAGGUGCAAGAGAUGUUUGUAAUUUUCCAACAUUUCAUUUCAUCAACUUUUAUAAAUAAUUAAAUUGUAAGCUUUUA